AUGGCAGGGAUGAAGUCAGGGAUCCUCCUCUUCGGAUUCUUGGUGACCCUGACCCUGUGCCAGGCAUCUGGAUCUUCCAUAAAUGAUAUCUUGGAGACGCUGCCAGAUCCAUUCUUUCUGAGCAGCACUAAUGAAGCCAAGGAGCUGGUGGAUGCUGCAUACAAGUACGAACGGGACAGGGCAAAAGAGGCCAUAGGGGAAAAGGAUGCCAGCCCCUCAGAUUUCCUGAAACAUUUAAAGGAUCCAGUGGCAGGAACCAGGUCUGCAAUCCGAGCUGCCGAUUACAUGGAAACCACCCUGAGCCUCCUGAAGAAGAAGCUGCGUCGGCUCGUGAAAGGAAAGUUUAAUAUCACAGAUGUACUAAGUAGGAAGCAGAAGGAAAUUAUUUCCAAGGCAACUGGUUGUGACUAUCAGAUUCGUUCCAUUAAGUGCCCGAAGAGUAGCAUUUACCGGACCAUUACUGGAGAAUGCAACAACAGGAAACAUUCUUAUUUGGGAGCUUCCAAUCAUGGAUAUGCCCGAUGGCUCCUGGCAGAGUAUGAGGAUGGAGUGUCUCUUCCCAAAGGAUUCACCGAAGGAAAACUUUACAAUGGAUUCCCGCUCCCACUGGUUCGAAAAGUGUCAAAUGAAAUCAUUCACACAGCCAAUGAGAAUGUCACCCAAGACCAGGAGCGCUCUCUCAUCUUCAUGCAGUGGGGUCAGUGGGUUGACCACGAUUUGGACUUAGCCCCUUUCACUACUACAAAAAUCGACAAUAAAGAAGUUCAUUGCGAGACCAGUUGCACCUUUGAGCCACCUUGCUUCCCAAUUCAGAUUCCCCCUGAUGAUCCACGAAUUAAGGACCCAAAUACUUGUAUGCCAUUCGUCCGUUCAGCUCCAGUGUGCAAUGCUAGAACAUUUACGCGAGAGCAGAUCAAUGCGAUCACUUCAUUCUUGGAUGCCAGCAUGGUGUACGGCAGUGAAGUACCUCUAGCUAAGAGUAUUAGGAAUCAGACAAACCAGCUGGGUUUGAUGGCGCUGAACCAGAACUUUACUGAUGCAGGGCUGGGAUUACUGCCCUUUGAGAACAAAUCCCAAAGCCUCUGUUUAUUCACAAACAAGACCAUGAAUAUCCCCUGUUUUAAAGCAGGUGAUGCACGAGUAACUGAAAAUCUGGGACUUACAGCUCUACACACACUCUUUGUGCGGGAGCACAAUCGCUUGGCUACCGAGUUGAAGAAAUUAAAUCCACACUGGGAUGGAGAGAAGCUCUACCAAGAGGCCCGAAAAAUCAUAGGUGCCAUGACCCAGGUAAUAACAUACAGAGACUACUUGCCACUUCUGCUUGGAGAUGAGACUGAGAAGGAAAUACCAUGCUACACGGGCUAUGAUGAGUCUGUGGAUCCCACCGUGGCAAAUGUAUUCUCCUUGGCUUUUCGGUUUGGUCAUAGUUCAAUACAGCCUUUUGUGAACCGUUUAGAUGAACAUUUCCAACCUUUGGGUCCACAUUCCCAGGUGCCUCUUCACCUCACAUUCUGUGCUUCCUGGAGGGUUGUAAUGGAAGGUGGCAUUGACCCGCUUCUCCGUGGUCUGCUGGUUGACCAUGCAAAACUAAUGAAACAGAAUCAAAUGGUGGUUGAGGAGCUCCAGGAGCGGCUUUUUGAACAGGUAGAAAUAAUUGGACUGGAUCUAGCAGCCUUAAACCUGCAACGUGGAAGAGAUCAUGGUCUUCCAGGGUAUAACGCCUGGAGGCAAUUCUGUGGGCUCUCACAGCCUCGCAACUUAGCUGAACUCUCUGAAGUGCUGAGAAAUCCUGAGCUGGCCAGGAAGUUCAUGGACCUGUACGGGACACCAGACAAUAUCGACAUCUGGAUUGGGGCUAUGGCGGAGCCGUUUGUUCCCAAUGGCAGAGUGGGACCUCUCCUGGCUUGCAUCAUUGGAUCACAGUUCAGGAAAUUGCGAGAUGGGGACAGAUUCUGGUGGGAGAAUCCCGGGGUUUUCACUCCACAGCAGCGCCGGGCCCUGAGCAGCAGUUCAUUGCCGCGGGUUCUCUGUGAUAACACUCGCAUUAGAGAGGUGCCCAGGGACGUGUUCAAGGUCAACCGCUAUCCUGAGGACUUUGUAAACUGCAGAAUGAUCGACAGUCUUGACUUGUCACCUUGGAGACAACGCAGUAACUAGGGAGUGGAAGCUCCAGUUAUGUCAUCAUAGAAGGCAAUCAGGUUUGUCAGGCAUGACUUGCCCUUGGUGAAUCCAUGUUGACUGUUCCUGAUCACCUUCCUCUCCUCCAAGUGCUUCAAAAUGGAUUCCGUGAGGACCUGCUCCAUGAUUUUGCUGGGGACUGAAGUGAGACUGACCGGUUUGUAGUUCCCCGGGUUCUCUUUCUUCCCUUUUUUUAAAGAUGGACACUAUAUUUGCCUUUUUCCAAUCGUCUGGGACCUCUCCUGAUCCCCACAAGUUUUCAAAGAUAACGGCCAAUGGCUCUACAAUCACAUCAGCCAACUCCCUCAGCAUCCUCAGAUGCAUUAGAUCUGGACCCAUGGACUUGUGCAUGUCUAGCUUUUCUAAACAGUCUUUAACCUCUUCUUUCACCACUGAGGGCUGCUCACCUCCUCCCCAUACUGUGUUGUCCAGUGCAGCACUCUGGGAGCUCACCUUGUCUGGGAAGACCGAGGCAAAAAAAAAAGCAUUGCGUACUUCAGCUUUUUCCACAUCAUCUGUCACUAGGUUGCCUCCCCCACUUUCUCUGACUUUCUUCUUUUUGCUAAUAGACCUGUAGAAACCCUUCUUGUUACCCUUCACAUCCCUUGCCAGCUGCAACUCCAAUCGUGCUUUGGCCUUCCUGAUUACACCACUGCAUGCUCGAGCAAUAUUUUAUACUCCUCCCUGGUCAUCUGUCCAAGUUUCCACUUCUUGUAAGCUUCCUUUUUGUGUUUAAGCUCAGCAAAGGUUUCACUGUUAAGCCAAGCUGGUCACUUGUCAUAUUUGCUAUUCUUUCUGCACAUUGAGAUGGUUUGUUCCUGCUCCCUCAAUAAAGCUUCUUUAAAAUACA